CAGAGCCUGCCUCGGCGCGGGGGCGGCAGCUUCGGCCCGAAGUCUCUUCCUUUGGACUUUUGGUUUGACGUCAUCUGUCCAUGAGCAAAUCUCUUCCUGCAGCAAGAAGUAUUGAAUAUGGGAUGGAGAUACUGCAGUCCUAAAUCUAUGACUGAUCAUACUGGAGGCCAGAGACAAAGGAGAAGCCACAAUCUGGAGCGUCUGGGUAGUGCCCUCAGAAGACUGUGUUAUUUAUCUGUGGAUCCCUCCUCCAUCUUGUUUUCUCUUUAGAACCAGGUAGAGGCAAUCUGCAUGUAACAGCCCCGGAAGAUGCCGAGUGCCGCAGGGCCAAGGAACGCCUGUCUAAUGGAAGCAGUCGGGCUCCAGUUUCCAAGUCUUCCCGAAAUAUCCCAAGGAGACACACUCUAGGUGGGCCCCGAAGUUCCAAAGAAAUACUGGGAAUGCAAACAUCUGAGAUGGAUAGGAAAAGGGAAGCUUUCUUGGAACAUCUCAAGCAGAAGUACCCCCACCAUGCCACCGCAAUCAUGGGCCACCAGGAGAGGCUGAGAGACCAGACAAGAAGCCCUAAGCUGUCUCACAGUCCUCAGCCUCCGAGUGUGGGGGACCCCGGGGAGCAUUUAUCUGAGACGUCUGGUGAUUCUCUGGAAGCCAUGUCUGAGGGGGAAGCACCAAGCCCUUUUGCCAGAGGCAGUCGAACCCGAGCAAGCCUUCCUGUGGUGAGGUCAACCAACCAGACGAAAGAAAGAUCUCUGGGGGUUCUGUAUCUCCAGUAUGGAGAUGAAACCAAGCAGCUCAGGAUGCCAAAUGAAAUCACAAGUGCAGACACAAUCCGUGCUCUCUUCGUAAGUGCCUUUCCACAGCAGCUCACCAUGAACAUGCUGGAGUCGCCUAGCGUCGCCAUCUACAUCAAGGAUGAAAGCAGGAAUGUCUAUUAUGAAUUAAAUGAUGUAAGGAGUAUCCAAGACAGAUCCCUCCUCAAAGUGUACAACAAGGAUCCUUCACUCGCGUUUAACCACGUGCCAAAGGUGGUGAAUGGAGACAUGCGGAUGCAGAGAGAAAUUGUAUAUGCAAGAGGAGAUGGCCCUGGUGCCUCCCGACCUGGAUCCACAGCUCAUCCACCCCAUGCAAUUCCAAACUCGCCACCCUCCACUCCUGUGCCACAUUCCCUGCCGCCUUCCCCGUCCAGAAUUCCUUAUGGGGGCACCCGCCCCAUGGUUAUUCCUGGCAACGCUACCAUCCCCAGAGACAGACUGUCCAGCCUGCCGGUCUCCAGGUCCAUCUCUCCAAGCCCUAGUGCUAUUUUGGAAAGACGAGAUGUCAAGCCGGAUGAGGACAUGAGCAAAAGCCUGACAAUGUACAGAAAUGAGGGUUUCUAUGCCGACCCUUACCUCUAUCCCGAGGGGCGGAUGAGCAUUGCCUCGUCCCACGGUGGGCACCCCUUAGACGUCCCUGAUCACAUCAUCGCGUAUCACCGCACAGCCAUUCGGUCAGCCAGUGCUUACUGUAGCCCAUCCUUGCAAGCAGAGAUGCACAUGGAGCAGUCAUUGUACAGACAAAAAUCAAGGAAAUACCCAGAUAGCCACUUGCCUACACUGGGCUCCAAAACACCCCCCGCCUCUCCUCACCGAGUGGGCGACCUGAGGAUGCUAGACAUGCACCCACAUCAUAGCGCUCUGGGGCCCUCUCACACCCUGCAGCCCGACCGCUCCUCACCAAGCCGCCAGUCCUUUAAAAAGGAGCCGGGCACGUUGGUGUAUAUCGAAAAGCCACGGAAUGCACCAGGAAUACCCGGCAUCGUAGACCUUGGGCCUCCUCUAGUUGAGAAGCAAGUUUUUGCUUACAGCACGGCUACAAUUCCCAAAGACAGAGAAACCAGAGAGAGGAUGCAAGCCAUGGAGAAACAGAUUGCCAGUCUAACUGGCCUUGUUCAGUCUGCACUUUUUAAAGGGCCCAUUACAAGUAGUAGCAAAGAAACACCUAGUGAGAAAAUGAUGAAAGCCACAGGCAGCAGGAGCCACGCAGACAGUGCGGGAACAGCCAACAUUCCUGGUGCGAAGGGUCUGGGUGGCCCUGAGUCGACAGCUUCUCCCAACCCUGCCGGCGCCUCUCCCAUCCACACGAGCCUGCUGGACCUGAGGCGGAAUGUGGCCGAACUGCGGAUCCAGCUCCAGCAGAUGCGGCAGCUCCAGCUGCAGAACCAGGAGAUGCUCCGGGCUAUGAUGAAGAAGGCCGAGCUGGAACUCAGCAGCAAAGCCAUGGAGGUGCUGAAGAGGCUGGAGGACCCUGUGCAGCGACAGCGCACCCUGGUGGAGCUGGAGAGGCAGAAGUACCUUCACGAGGAGGAAAGGAUAGUCAAGAAGCUCAGAGAGCUGGAAGACUUCGUUGAGGACAUGAAGAAGGACUCUUCGUCUGCAGGUCGAGUGGUCACUCUGAAAGAUGUGGAAGAUGGGGCCUUCCUCCUGCGACAAGUGGGGGAAGCGGUGGCCACCCUGAAAGGAGAAUUUCCAACCCUGCAAAAUAAGAUGCGAGCGGUCCUGCGCAUCGAAGUGGAGGCAGUGCGGUUCCUGAAGGAGGAGCCACACAAGCUGGACAGCCUCCUGAAGCGCGUGCGAAGCAUGACGGACGUCCUGACCAUGCUGCGCAGACACGUCACCGACGGGCUCCUGAAAGGCGCAGACGCGGCCCAGGCCGCACAGUACGCUGCCAUGGAGAAGGCCACCGCCGCCCAAGUCCUGAAGAGUGAAGAGGAGGUCCCCAGGCAGCCCCUCCACGGUGGCGAUGUGAGGUCGGAGGUGGUGUCUGGCAUGACUGUCCACCACGCACAGAGCGCCCCAGUGGUCAUCCACCCAACCCAGCACUCCUCAGUCUUGCUGAACCCUGCCCAGAACGUGCCUGGGGGGCCUGGUCCCCACACAGCCAGCCCCCCGGCAGCCACACAGGACGUUAUCUCUGCGCCACAGUCAACUGCACCCGCCCAGUCCCUUCCGACCUCUGUGAAUGGUUCUACCAUGCAGAGCUUGUUCAUUGAGGAAAUCCACAGUGUGAGUGCCAAGAACAGGGCAGUGUCUAUCGAGAAAGCAGAAAGGAAGUGGGAGGAGAAAAGGCAAAACCUAGAACACUACAAUGGGAAAGAAUUUGAGAAACUCCUGGAGGAGGCUCAGGCCAACAUCAUGAAGUCCAUUCCUAACCUGGAGAUGCCGCCAGCCUCCGGCCCGCCGCCCAAGGGAGAUACUCCGGUGGACAGGCAGGAGUCGUCAGAAGUCUCUCCGAGUUCAGAACAAGAAUCGGACAAGCUAGGGGAAAAGUCGCCCCCUCCUCCUCCCCCGCCCCCACGGCGAAGCUACCUGCCUGGAUCAGGACUCACCACCACGAGGUCGGGCGACGUGGUCUACACCGGCAGGAAGGAGGGCGCUGGCGCCAAGGUGACCUGCGAAGACGGUGGGUCAAGCCCACAGUCUAGAGCCCCAAAGUGUCCCACAGAGGAACCUGCUUCAUCCUGGGCCCCAUCCCCACCACCAGCCCCUACCUCCUCCUCCAAAGAUGAUGAGGAAGAAGAGGAAGAAGGAAACAAAAUCAUGGCAGAACUCCAGGCAUUCCAGAAGUGUUCCCUUAUGGAUGUAAGUUCAAACAGUCAUGCUGAGCACUCCCGGGCUGACAGCCACGCUAAAGACACUAGGCCAGGCGCCACAGCCCCAUCCAAGGAGAAGAAGAAUUUGGAAUUUUUCCAUGAAGAUGUACGGAAAUCUGAUGUUGAAUAUGAAAAUAGCCCCCAAGUGGAAUCUCAAAAGGUUACCGCGGGAGUUCUGAGACCUAGUGACCCCCCGAGGAAGGAAGGAGGAGUGCAGAGUAGCGCUCCCGACACAGGGAGAACCCCAGAACAGACAACGGACAUCUCAGUGAAGGAAAAUCUCAUCUCCAAUAAGAGUUUAUUCAGAGACAGUAGAAACUCUUCCCAGAAAAAUGUGUCUAAGGCCAAUUUCAGUUUCACCAGCAUGAAUUCACUGGAAGAUGAAAUAAACAAAGGGUCCAAGGUCUCAGGAUUGCAGUACCCUACUCCCGACACUGAGAAUCUGAAGUUAAGUUAUGGAACGAAGAAAGAGAUCGGUCAACAAGGACAAGAAAAUACAGAGAAGUGUCACAUUCCUUCCUCCCCGAGAUCAAAAGAAUUAAAUAUUCAUGACGUCAAAACACAAGAUCAAGAUGUUCUCAUGACAGAUUGUGGCCACGUUGUCCUAAGACCCAAAGGAACCAGGCAUACUAACGUGAAUACUAACGAGAACGGAGAAUCGACCCCAAGCUCCCCCAGUGAAGAAAACGUGGCCAGUGACAACAUCGCCUUCAUGAUUACUAAAACUGCUGUCCAGGUUCUGUCCAGCGGGGAGGUCCACGACAUAGUGAGACAAAAAGGACAAGAUGUCCAAACGGUGAAUAUCGAUGCAAGGAAAGAGACGAACCUCCAGCAUGAAGGUCCUGAGGGUGAAGAGCCGGUUGUGUGCCUAGACAAGAAGCCGGUUAUCAUCAUUUUUGAUGAACCCAUGGACAUCCGGUCAGCGUAUAAGAGACUGUCAACCAUCUUUGAGGAAUGUGAUGAGGAAUUAGAGAGAAUGAUGACAGAGGAAAAGAUAGUGGAAGAGGAAGAGGAGGAAAAUGGAGACGCUGGGGUCCAGAGUACUACUUCCCAAAUGUGUCAUGAGCAGGCUACCUCAGGAAGUCUUGGAAUGGGACAACAAGUUGAGGGAAGAUUACAGCCGUGCUCCCCGGCAGCAGAGGCCCAGACAGGAGGACAGGAAGGAAAGAAAGCGGAGCACAGCAAGUUUCACUCAACAGAGUCCCCAGAUUCAGAAAGCAAAUACGAUGCAGUCAAUGACCAAUUUGAAAGCCCCAAGAAGAAGUUUAAAUUCAAGUUUCCUAAAAAGCAACUCGCUGCCCUCACUCAGGCCAUCCGCACGGGCACCAAGACGGGGAAGAAGACCCUGCAGGUGGUGGUGUAUGAGGAGGAGGAAGAGGAUGGCACUUUGAAACAGCACAAAGAAGCCAAGCGAUUUGAAAUCACCAGGUCUCAGCCAGAAGACACCCCCAAACAUAUGGCUAGAAAGCAAGGGCAGACCAGUGUUGAGGGCACAUCUCUAACUUCCAGAACUGAUGAAAUUAGAAAAAAUACCUAUAAAACACUGGACAGCCUGGAGCAGACCAUUAAGCAACUUGAAAACACAAUCAGUGAGAUGAGCCCCCGAGCCCUAGUUGAUACCUCAUGUUCUUCCAACAGAGAUUCUGUUGCAAGCUCACCCCACAUAGCCCGAUCCUUGCUAGUUGUGGACGAAGUUCCCCCUGCCCCAGAGCCCCCCACGUCAGUGUCUUCAACGUCACGUAAGAGCUCCAGCUCCACCCCCCAGACAAGCCGGAUGCCUGUCCCUCUGAGUUCCAAGAACAGACCCGGAAGCCUGGACAAACCCAGCAAGCAGUCCAAACUGCAGGACCCCCGCCAGUACCGUCAGGCUAAUGGAAGUGCUAAGAAAGCUGGCGGGGAUUGUAAGCCUGCUUCUCCCUCCUUACCUGCUUCUAAGAUUCCAGCCCUUUCUCCCAAUUCUGGGAAAAGUAGUUCUGUGCCCUCUGCUAGUGGCGACAGCUCUAACCCUUCUACCACGCCUGCUACUAAACCAUCCAUUGCUUCUAACCCUCUCAGCCCCCAAGCAGGACGGUCCACUCACUCUACCUCCCUCAUCCCUUCUGUCUCUAAUGGCUCCUUAAAGUUUCAGAGCCCCCCUCACACAGGUAAAGGUCCCCUGUCAUUCUCACUGCAGACUCAAAAUGGCCGAGCAGUCCCCUCUUCCUCCUCCUCCCCUCCCUCCCCAGCCUCCCCAACCUCCAUGAGCCAAGGUGCCCGGGGCAUCAGGACCAUCCACACUCCCAGCCUCGCCAGCUACAAGGCACAGAAUGGAAGCUCCAGCAAAGCAGCCCCAUCGACAGCAAAGGAAACUUCUUAAAGCCCAAGUCCUAUUAGGCACAAGGUGGAAUUACAUUUUUUUUUUUUUUUAAUUUUCAGCAGUCUGGAAUAACUGUUUUCACAAGAGAAUGUAACAUAUUGCUGUACUGUUCAAGGCUUAAUGCAAAGUAUGUGCAAAAUACUGAAUUGGUCCAUUUCGGUAAAGCUUGUGUUUUUUGUUUUUUUUUCCUACUUCAUUGCUGUUGUAACUACAUAGUGUUUACUGUCUAGAUUCAAUACCUAUUAAAUGAAGUAAGCAUGUGCUAUGUAGAGAGAGUAUGGUGAGAGUGAAGGGUGUGUGUGAGACAGGAAAUUGUGUUAAGCAUGUAAAACAUGUAUGAUUCCAGAAUUUUAGUAUGUUUUGUAUAAAAAUAUUUUUCAUUACGGAGAAUAGAAGCAAACAGAGAAAUACACAUGUGUGACUAUAUAAAUUGUAAAACAGAUAACUAUAAUAUUUCCUUUUAUUUUAGUGUUAUUUAGCUUUAUUACAGAUUUCUAUUUUUGUCAAAACUUCAUGGUUCCUUUCAAGAUCUUUUUUGCCAAAAUGUUUUGAUACUAUAGCAUUGUACAUUUGAAAGUAGUGUGCGAGACUACAAGCCAAUGGACUUCUGUGGAGCCAACAGAGAGGCAGGCGUAGAAAGAAAUUUAUCAGAACUAUUGCACUGCCAUCAAAAGCAUGUACCAUAAUUUGCUAGUCUAAGAAAGCUAGCCUUCUUUGCUUUUUUUUUCUGUUUUUCUUUCUUCUUUUUAAACACAGAUUGAGAUUCUCUAGCUGUUUUCUUUGCAGCAUCUAACCCCUUCUUAUGUUUUCUGGGACCUGCUGAUCCACACUAUCGUAUUGUAGGUUUCUAAAUGUGCACUGUUGUACGGUUCUGUAAACUGAUCCACUUUUGUAAAUAUAUAAAUAUACAUAGACAUUAAAAUACUAUAUGUGACAGCACAUAGAGUAGUUUUCCCACACCAAAGUUAAUUUCUAUGCAUGCUUUAAAAGUAUAUAUGGAGAUGGGCAGAAAUGGGACUAUCCACACAUUUUUAAAAAGCAACAAGUUUGCACAACUAGAGUGUUUUUGUAAAUAAAUGUAUUUGUAUAACACAGUCAUGUAAUAUACAGAGCUAUAAGCAGAGACUUUGCAAAGCUAAAUAAAGGGCUGCAUGCUUAUUAUUUUUUGUACGUUCUCACUGUAACUACUUCCCAGUCGAAGGACACCUGUCAGCGUUACCACCUGUACUAUUGCCAGGGGUUUUGGCUUUGAGGGCAUUUAUAACAUGUGACCUGCAACCACAUCCACAUUCUGAAAGCUCUGGGGUGGCUAAUGGCAAGUUCUUAAUAAACUAAUUACAAGUGUGA